UUACGCUCAGCCAAUAAAGAAUCUUUUUUUUUUUUCCCCCUCCCACCGACUCCGCCAGGAAACCAAAUCCUUUGCGGUGGGGAUUUUCAAAGGCCAAAUCAUCACCGAGCAAGUCUUCCCUUACCCUUCAGUCCUCAACGAGGAGCAGACGCAAACGUUACAGGAGCUGGUCGGCCCCGUCGCCCGUUUCUUCGAGGAGGUGAACAACCCGUCGCGGAAUGACGAGCUGGCCCAGGUGCAGGAGAAGACAAUGCAGGGCCUGAAGGAGAUGGGGGCCUUCGGUCUUCAGAUCCCCACCGCAUUUGGGGGUCUGGGGCUCACCAACACCCAGUAUGCCCGCCUGGUGGAAAUCGUGGGGAUGCACGACCUGGGGGUGGGCAUCACCCUGGGUGCCCACCAGUCCAUCGGCUUCAAGGGUAUCCUCCUCUACGGCUCCCGGGAGCAGAAGAAGAAGUACCUGCCCAAGCUGGCAUCAGGUGAGACCAUCGCCGCCUUCUGCCUGACUGAGAACACCAGCGGCUCCGACGCAGCCUCCAUCCGGACCAGGGCCGAACUCAGUCCCUGCGGUACCUACUACACUCUCAAUGGGAGCAAGCUGUGGAUCAGGUGAGGUG